AUGCGACUCACCUACCCGACCGCCCUCCUCCCCAGCCUUUCAACCGCGGUAUCCCUCUCCGACUUCUCCCCGCGCAACACCAACCUCACCCCCGGAUGCGCCUCCGUCUACACACAACAAAUCACCGCCUGCACCCCGACCGACUUCCACGACCUCUCCGUCUCAAUCUGCAGCACGCGUUGCCUCGCCGGCGUGCUAGCAAUCGAAUCGCUCGUCCAGACCGCCUGCGCAGACGACGACGUAGAGGCCGACACGAUCAUCGGCCUCUUCCUCGCCGGGCUGGGGAUCCGGACCGUGUGUCCGCAGACGAAGCGCCUUGUCGGCACGCCGCCUGCAGCCACGAUCUCGCACUCGGUCCCGGGUUACCCCGGCCCCACGAUCGGCUCGAGCACGCUGCGCCUGUCUGAGGUGACGAGCUCGGCGACGGGGCUGCUGGUCGAGACCUCGCCGUCGCCGGUGCGGACGCGGAGUAGCACGGCCUCCUCCAGUCCGUCCUCAUCGGAAGAAUCCAUCACGACGUCCGCAGCGCCGACGAGCACGGCGGCUCCAACCACGACGGCCGCGCUGGUGGACACCGGUAUCGCAUCUGGAGUCCGACCGACGGCCGCGAGUAGCAGUAGUGCGGAGGCGAGGCAGACCGGCGGGGGCGGCGGGGGCAGUUUGCUUGAUGUCGGUCAGAACGGGGCAGCGGGCCGCAGUCGAGGGAUGGGGAUGUGGGUGUGGGGAGUUUCGUUCGCUGCGCUGGGAUGGGUGCUUGGUGGGGGGAUGGUGUGA